ACCAUACAAACAAACAAACAAAAAAAUGGUUAAAGAAGAAUGGGUUUAAAAAGGGGAAAUGGGUUCCAUAUUGGAACACAGCGACAACCCAUUUCACCAUGGCUUCCCUUCAUAGAAAGCAAGCUUAUCAUGCUUGCUUUCUUAUUAUUCUUUUCCUCUUUUUCUCUCUCCCAUCUUUAUAUGUCUCUAUCUCAGAAGUUGAAGCCUCAUAUCUUACUCGUCGUCAAUUAUUGACUCUAAAACAACAUGAUGAACUCCCCAAUGACUUCAAAUACAAACUUGACAUUGCCGACACUUUUCCAAAUGAGAGGUUGAAGAUGGCUUAUGUAGCCCUUCAAGCAUGGAAAUUAGCUAUUUAUUCCGACCCACAAAACAUGACUGCCAAUUGGGUUGGCGCCGAUGUUUGUUCUUACACCGGCGUCUUCUGUGCUCCGGCGCUUGAUAACCCAAACAUUGAGGUUGUGGCUGGCAUUGAUUUGAACCAUGGUGACAUUGCAGGGUACUUGCCUCCGGAACUUGGGCUUUUGACCGACUUGGCUCUCUUCCAUAUUAACUCUAACCGAUUUUGUGGGAUCAUUCCUUCUAGCUUCUCCAAGCUCGUACUCAUGUUUGAGUUUGAUGUUAGCAACAAUCGCUUCGUUGGCCAUUUUCCUCUCGUUGUCCUGGAAUGGCCAAGUGCGAAGUACCUCGAUCUCAGGUACAAUGACUUCGAAGGAGAAAUCCCCUCCACACUCUUCACCAAGGAGUUCGACGCCAUCUUCCUAAACAACAACAGAUUCAAUUCUCUAAUCCCUGAAACCAUUGGAAACUCCACCGUCUCUGUUGUCUCCUUUGCCAACAACGAAUUCCAUGGCUGCAUUCCUAGCACCAUUGGCCAAAUGUCUAACCUCAAUCAAAUUCUCUUCCUUGGCAACAAGCUCGGCGGCUGUUUCCCACCUGAGAUCGGAAACCUCAUCAAUCUCACAGUCUUCGACGUCAGCAGCAAUGGCUUCAUAGGUCAAUUGCCAGAAUCCUUGUCUGGCCUUCAAAAUUUGGAGAUUUUGGACGUUAGCAACAAUGAAUUGAGGGGCUCUGUCUCUGGAGGCCUUUGCAAGUUGCCUAAAUUGGCUAACUUCACUUUCUCCUUCAAUUACUUUGAUGGGCAAGAUACGACGUGUGUUGCAUCUAAAGGAUCAGAGAAGGUCUUUAAUGAUGGCCAAAAUUGUUUGGCAAAUCGACCAGUGCAAAAAGAUGCAAACAAAUGUAGCACUGUCUUGAAGAAAUCAAUGGAAUGUGGCAACUGUGGUGGUGGGUCGAGUUCUCCUGGUGUACCGUCGACUCCUGAGGAUCCAUAUGAUCAGUCUCCAUCACCAAGAUAUAGAUCUCCACCACCUCUGGUGGUCACCCCACCAUCUCCAAGUGAGACCUCUGUUCCAUCAUCACCACCGUCUCCAGUUGAGUCUUCACCACCAACCUCGACUUCAUCCUCACCACCUACCAUUGAAACACCUAGUUCAUCUCCCCUACCACCACCACCAGUCUAUUCUUCUCCUCCACCACCGGUUCGUUCCCCACCACCCCUCGUCCACUCUCCUCCACCCCCUGUUCACUCACCACCACCACCGGUUUCCUCUCCUCCACCACCAGUUCACUCUCCACCUCCACCGGUUCACUCUCCACCUCCUCCGGUCCAUUCUCCACCACCACCGGUCCAUUCUCCACCACCCCCCGUCCACUCUCCACCACCUCCCGUUCACUCUCCACCACCACCUGUCCAUUCUCCACUCCCACCGGCCCACUCUCCACCACCCCCAAUCCAUUCCCCACCACCUCCCGUUUACUCUCCACCCCCACCAGUCCAUUCUCCACCGCCACCUGUCUACUCUCCACCUCCACCAAUCCAUUCUCCACCACCACCUGUUUACUCUCCACCCCCACCUGUCUACUCUCCUCCACCACCACCUGUUUACUCCCCACCACCACCAGUUCAAUCUCCACCACCUCCGACCGCAUCUCCUCCUCCUUCUCCCUCAAUCAAUUCUUCACCACCACCAUCAUUUGAAGACGUGAUCCUUCCACCAAAUAUCGGCUUCGAAUAUGCAUCACCGCCUCCACCGUUGUUUCCCGGUUACUGAGGAGUUUCAUCUCAAAUAAUCUGAAGUGUUAUUGAGAGCCAUUAGUUUAUGACUACAUCAUGUUCAAUUGUAACCCUAUUUACUCUUUCAUAAAAAUUCAAAAUAUUAUUUCUUCUUCAUAUACAUCUGACAUCUUUAAUUUUUCUUAUUAGUGUAGCUUCGAUCUUCUUAGUGAAAUGAAGAGACAAAUUUUUAUCCA